AUGAGUGGUUUUAUUGUCUUUCUUCUCACUGAAAUCUCUAGAAAAAUUCCUCAAGUUAAAGUUAGGGUUUGGGAUUCUCACGUUGAGUUUCUUUUCUUUGAAAGUGCUUCAUUUCUUCCUAGUUGGCUAACCCCUGAGACUAGUAAAAAUAGGGUUUUUAUUAGAUUCGGAGAAGUUAGUAUUGUGCAUGAAGGGAAUAUGUCUCUGGGUUCUAGAUUAAUUGAAAUCUUAGGGUUUUCGAAAUCUCCCACUUUUGAUGUUGGUGCACCAAUGUAUGUUCGGUCAGCUUUUAAAAAUAGGAUCUCUGAGUAUCUAGAGAGAGUGAAAUUGAAUAUGCAUCAGAUUAGGGUUCAGGUUCCGAUUUCCAUUGCAAAAGUUUUGCAACAUGAACCUUGUUUGAUCUCUUUGGCAAUUGAGGUGUUUUGCAAUAGAGAUGAUGGUGAUUUAAUGAAGCUUAGUCAGAAAAUGGAAACAUUUCUGAAAGGGACUGAAUCUACUGUUGAUGGUGAUAAGAAAGAAGAGCUUGUUAGAGUUUCUGUAAGAAUGUCUAGGGCAAUGUAUGUGAAAUUGGUUAAUCAGGAAAUUUUCGAGGCACCAAAAUGCUACCCGAUUCCACCAAGAAUUGAUAGUUCACUUUAUGUUGAAGCAUUAUUGGGUAUGAAAAUUACUUGUGGGUUUGAAAUAAUGUAUAAGAAAAGUAUUCGAGAAGGAAGAGGAGGAAAAGGGAUUGCUACUUUGGAGUCUUUCAAGGAAAGGGAAACGAUGAAUGGACCAGUUAGUCGAAUUGAUGAGCUCUUGUUUCCCAAUUCUUCUGUAGAAUUUAAGGGUCUUGGCCUUCUUCCUUCAGAUGAUGAUGCUUUUUCCAUUAAUGCUUGGCUUUAUGAUGAAGAGGACAAGUCCAAGUUGGCCAUGUUGGAGAGACAGAAACAUAUACAACUUUUCGAGUUUAAAAGUGAGGCCAAAAAGGACAUCGAAAAGACAUGUGUCGAUCAGUCUACUGAAGAAGGAUCAUCUUCAGAAAGUGAUUCUGAUUGGGAUGGAGUUCCAUUCGGCUAUGAUAGUGAUUUUUUAUACGACGACUUUACAAAUCCUUUCUUGGAUAUCUAUAAUGAGGUUGGUUUUUUAUACGACGACUUUACAAAUCCUUUCUUGGAUAUCUACAGUGAGGAUUCUGAUGAUGAGUUCAACCCCUUAGAGGCUGCCAUCUUUGCUGGGCUCAUGGGAGGAUAA